AUGUUCAGGCGAAAGCUGUGGGAAUGGCUAGUGGACAAGAAGACGAACACGGUGCGAAAAUGGCGAAGCUCCAUCAUCCGCCGCAACGACUCGGAAGAUUCUUCACGCGGUUUGAUCAAUCAUAUCGGGAUUUCUGGCUGAUUUGGGCGGUUCGCAGAACAACCGAGUCGUCGCGGGAAGAAGUCGUACUCGGCGGGGAGCCUCGUCGCCGCCGCCAAGCCGAGCUACGAGAAGUUCUUCGACGAGCCCCAAGUUCGGGUCGUUCUUGAGGUACGAGUCGCGAGGGCGGAAUGUUGAGGCCAAGGAAGGCAUGAUGAUGGAUCGGAUGGGCCGCCUAAUGGACCCGCUUGUGGGGGCUUAACAUCAUUUCAUGUAAAUGCGCCACCAAAUAUUCUUCCACUCUAUGCAAAAGAUAUUCAAGAGUCCCUUCAAAACUUCCUCGGGUUUCUUCUGAUCCGAAUAAUAUGUGGGCCUUUUUCUAAGUUUAGACUUCCAGAAAUAUACAUUUUAUCGAAUGUCAAGAAUCCUUUCGAGCAUUUGCAUUCAGAAAAAAGGUCCAUGUUUUCCUAUUAUUUCGAAAUUCUGAUUAUUAGUCGUUUCCGAUUUAUUGCUCACUUACAUGAAAGUCUUUUCACUUUGCGGUUGGGAAUUUCCUGAAAAUUGGCCAGAAAUAUUCUCGAUGCAGCAGAUGAAGAUCCUGAAAGUCUCAACCUGCAUAGCUUCCUAGUUUUCGAGAAAUAAGGGCUUAAAAAAUGGCCUAUUUUAAUGAAUUUUGAGUUUUCCUAAACUCUAAGGUGCUCUUUCUCGGAAACUAGGAAGUUUUGCAGGUUGAGAUUUUCAGGAUCUUCAUCUACUAGAAGUAUUUUGACCAAUUUUAGGAAAUUCCCAACCUCAAAGUGAAAAGACCUCUUUGUUAGGAAUACUCGCGGACAUGCCGAUUUUUGAGCCGUGAUAUUCUGAUUGCACAGGAAUCUAUGAAUAUUUCUUGCGUUAUUUUCUCGGAGAUAAUAUAGCUGAUUCACGGCUGGCUCGAGCCAUCGAAAAAAUGGUUCCGACACGAUAGUGCACGAGACAGCGCCUGGCUCGUGGAGAGCGCAGACAGUACACGCCCCCUUAGCGUCCCAAGAUGCACGGCAUUCCUAUUGGGGUGAGGGAUAGUGAGCGAGGCGUCAAACUUUCUGAGUUUACAAAAAAAAUUUAGUGCGCGCUACGGAUAAAAUGCACUGAGUAUCAAACGUUAAUAACUUGUUUUUUCGAUCGCCUUGGGCUGUGUACUGUAGAUUUCAAAUUUCGCGCCAAUUUUUUUUUUUUGACGUCUUCCCACCCCGUUUGGGAACACCGUGAGCUGGCUAAGCAGGGAAAAAAAUUAAUUUGUAUAGAUUUUUCAUUAUUUAUGAAAAACAAACUAAAUCAAUAACCUUUUUUUAAAAAUCAGUAAUUUGAAGCGAAAACUGAACUUGAAACUCGCUAUUUUUUUCAAUAAGAAAACCUCUCAAAGCUUCAGACAAAGAAAAAAUUUUCAAAAAAUGAGGGAUUCUUCCAAGUUUUUCAAUAUAAUCUCUGUUCACAGAGAAUAAUUUUUACAAGAAAUAAAAUUUCUUGAAUUCUUUCUCGUAUCUUGAUUGAAGUGCAAGACUAAUCCCUUCUCCACUGGGAAACCCUAGAAACGGUUCUUUGACGCGAGCUUCAUCCACCCACUUUCUAAAUCGACCCGAUGCAAGGAUAGCCUUUGAUCUCGUGUUGUUUAUUGACCUAUCAGACAGCGGCCCACAAAGCCCAUUAUUCAAAAUUACAACUUUCUCACAACGUUUGCCGCGGCUGCGGGCCACGUGAGUGAGGUCUUGAGCGGAGACUCCGACGUUCGCUCAGGCUAUGACGUCAUGAUCAGGGGGAUCGCUACUGUGAAAAGACAUGGGCAGCCUAUUUUGGACUGGACAUUUUCAGUUAUAAAGUCACCAAGACAAUAUCAGCAUUCUUGGGAACUCCAGAGUGGUUUAGGGGCGGGAUUUCCUCUAGGGUCCCUUUUAUCAACCCUAUAGGCGCCACUAAAGCUUGCAAAAGUAGUCCCUAUAGAGGCUUCAAUCAGUGGCUCCUAUAGGGGAUAUUUUAAUCGACAAUUUUUAUGAACUCCAUGCAAAGAAGGAUAUACACGUGAUAAAUUUAAAAAACCACCUUGAUUUUACCCCUAUAGGGAUCAAUUUUACGACCCCUUUAGGGACGUUUAUCCUCCUUACCCCUAUAGGGAUCACUCUAAAAUUCCGUAAGUCAUCAAAAGUAGCAAUCUGAUCUAUACUUAGUUUCCGAGCUUUUUCUCGAUUUAAAUCAUACGUUUUUGCUCAUGUUUGCACCUUAAAUUAAAUGAAAUUAUGUGCCCUAGAUAAAAGCUAUAGGGCAUUUCAGAACCGACGGGAAAGCCUUCGAAACUGCGCCUCCGCCGACACUUUUCCCGUUUUGCCGCCGGAUCUUGAAGCCGUAGAGAAGUUCUUUUUUAAAAAUAUCACACAGCUCUUUUGUAAAAAAUCCUUGCGACUCUGAAAGUUUUUUUUGUCAAAAUCUUAAUCUUUUAAAUUCACCUUCCUAUUUGAAAAAUCAAAAAUUGCGAUUUUCAGAGUUUGUAGAUUUUUUAGAGCUUCGUAGAGCUCAGAAAAGGCCACAAAGAGGCCGCAGAAAGGGCAAGAAAAAGGAAGCAAAAUGAGCCCCUUCACCGAGUUUUUCAUUCUUUCUGAGAUUUUUAAGGCUCAAGAAUUGGUGGAAAAAAAGUGAGGCAGCAAAAAUGGUGCAUAAGAGCUGAUGAAAUGGCGCAAAAAGGCAGCAAAAAAGGAACCUUUUUUACCCUAAAAGGAAAAUUUCUAGAGCCUUUUUCCAUCCUUUCCGACUUUGCCUACGCGUGUAAAUUUUAUCUCGGCUCCCUUAUUAGGCCGAACUCGUCUUAAAUUAGCUUAAUAUAUGAAGAGCGAAAUAAUGAUUAUUUUUUCUCAUUUUCUCCGGGUUUUUCAUUUUCAAUUCUAAUGAUCAUUGCUUUUCUUAACUUUCAAGUUUGACUAAAACGAUUUUUCGGUGUUUUCACAAGCUUCAAAGUCGUGUUAGUGAGAAAAAAUGGGUUUCAUACUUGUAAAAUAGAGCAAAACAACAGCUGUCAGAUCAAUCAGUAAAUUUUUUUUUUGUUUUGCAACCUUUUUGUGACGUCUUUUUUUGAUUGAAUUUGAAACGAAGCCAAAAAAAAGGCUUAUGUGCUUAUUCUAACAAGUUCCCACUUCCUAUUCAGGCUCAAAUUCGAGUCGAAGACCUUUUUCAUAACGAAUUAAUCGUUUUAUUUCAGUUAUUUAUCGCUUUUCGUCUAUUUUUCCAUGGAAACUUUAUAAAAAAAUUUUUUUAAUAGGAGUAGGUCUGCCACAAAUUAAUCCUUUCCAUAAGAAGAGCCGAGGAAAGGGGCGUGGUCUUCAGAGCACUAUAAUAUCCCGAUAUUGCAGGAAAUCCACAGCGAAGCCCCCUCGCAGUCCCAAACAAAUCCGUUUUAAUAUACCCGAGGUUUGUUCCGCCAUUCACUUCAAAUCCAUUCUCUGAUUUGAAUUUUUCCAUCUUAGGAAUGAAGUUUCCAACAGAGUUCCUAUUUUCUAGCUUCACACGACAUCUUCCUAGAAACAAAAAGAGCGAAUCACAUCUCAAAUUGCCACGCUAUCGUUCCGCAAACGUCCUCUCUCCUAACCUUUUUUUCAAAUUCUCAUUUUUCUUCUCUUGCCAAUAAGAUGGUCAGUGGCGAAAAAUAAAGUGUUUUGUACGCAAUGCACACGUUGCACAAAAGGCGACGCGCAAAAGUUAUAUUAUAUAUUUUUUUAAUUUUUAUUUUUUUAAACUCACACGACAUCUUCCUAGACUCCAGAAAACAAAAAGAGCGAAUCACAUCUCAAAUUGCCACGCUAUCGUUCCGCUCUCCCUCUAAAAAACUUCCCUCAUUUUGUCACGGCAGGCUUCUAUAGACCAAAGAGUUUGAAUUUUUUCCCUUCGCUUGGUUUUCGAUAGUAUUUUGAGAAGUUUGAUGUUUUUUUGGCCUAAAUAUACUUGGCAUAGCUGACUAGAGAAGCUGAAUUAGCCCAAUAUUGAAAAAUGAAGUUGAUUUUAAUGCAUAUUCUUUGUGCGUUUUGAAUUAAAGACUGCGGUUACUUUUUCUGAAUUUUAAUACUCAGGUAAAAGUUUCUGCUUUCGGUUCCUCGAAAGGCGGUUGGAAACUUUCCAGUAUGUUGUCAAACGUCUUCCAAAUCCUUCCCAACGCUUCGAUUUACCUUUCAGUAGCUUGUUGGAAGGCUUCUGGCAGGCAUUUUCAACUUUUUAUCUUCAAAAGACCUUCUGAACACCUUUCAAGCCAUUUUCAAGACCUUCUAGCUUCCAUUCACCUUCUGAACACCUUACCAAGCUCCCCUUUACCUGCUGGUUACCUUCCGAACACAAAAAGCUACCUAGUCCAGCUAGAGUGUCCUGCAUUUUCUUAUGUAUCUAUUUUGCUCACAUAGAAGGGCAUUUUCAUUCACUUUUGUUAGGAAGUCUGAAGUUCCCGAGUAAGACAUCCUUUACAAAGUUCCUUUAGCUUCAUGAAUCAGAAUGAAUCAUGACAGGUGCAAAUCUCGUUCGAGUGCGAAGAGCCGCGUCGUGUGAGUUUCGACGUUAUCGCGCCGCCGCCGGAGAUCGACUGGACGCCUUCGACGCCGCCGAUGCCGCUCCAACGGAUGCAGACAGUGCCGGAGCUGCCUGUCGGCGGUUGCGAACCUUGUCCUAGCGUCUCCAACGUCGUGAGUCGUCUACGGAGAGUUUGAAAUUUUGAUCGAACGGUUCAGUCGCUGAGUUUCGAUGACGAGGUGAGUAUCAGUCCGCGCAGACACUCCGCCAACGAGAAGGCUCGUCAGAACUUGAUCGCCCAGCGACGGCAAAGCAAUGUCCAGGUUAUUCUAGCAAACUAAGAUCGAGGGGCAUGAAAAAAUGGAUGUAGCCUUUUUGAUAAGCUCCAUAAGUUCAGACGGAAUAAGAAAAAAUUUACUAUUUUCCAAAAAAAAAAGCAUUUUCAAAAACACGAAACGGUUCUUCUUGGCCCUUUUUAAAAUCCUACCUUAAUACGCAAAAAUGUGUUUAACCGGCAUCUGUUAAGCCCGUCCGGUUUCGCACACUGUAGGUUUAAAUUGUGCAUACACCGAUCACGGUUUUUUUCGGCGAUAUCAUCUUUAAUAACGAGUUUUUUUGUACAAAAAAAUGGCCAAAUUUGAAGAAAAAAACAUAAUUACAAAAAAAUUAAAAGAUCCAAAUGAAGUUUUUACAAACGCCAGAAAUAAAAAAAUGACCUAUUCUGAGAAAUUCGUCUUUAGGAAAAAGUCGUUUUUUUCUGUAAUUGUUUAUAUAUUAAAGUCGAAAUUAGCUUCAUUCAUAAAAAGAAAAAAUGGUCUAGUACGGCCAGCAGAACCGGACGAGUCCCUGUAGGUCUGAACUAGGUUGAACCCUGCAUUUUUUCAAAAUCGGUUAUAGUCCGUUUUUGCGACUUCUCGGGCAAAACUGAAAAGCUCCCCAAAAGCUUUUCUCAAAAAAAGACCUUGAAAGGGUCCCCAACAGAUCUUUUUUAUAUCGUUUCACUUCUUUUUUGCAUCGUUUCCACAUCCUCUAACAAGAAGGAUGCUGGAAAGCAACUAAAAAGAUCCGAGAGGAUUCAAAAAGGAUCCUCUGAAGCUAUGAAAAAGCAGCUCAAAAGCUUUUUUACAUCAUUUUAGGAGCUUUUAGAGGAAGCUUUUUAUCUCCCUCUCAGGAUCCUUUAAGGAUCCUCAAAGGAACUUUUCAGUUUUACCUAUGUUGAAAAGGCGGGACUUCACUGCGCCCUCCUCAUCUUUCGAUGCCUCUCUCAUGUUUACGUGCUAUUUCCAUGUUUCUCUGGCCUCGCCGGUGAGGGAACAGAGAGACGCAGACACGCGAAAACUGUCAAGUCGCGGCGAACAGGCUAUAAGAAAGAAUUUACUAUUUUUCCAAAAAAAGACAUUUAAACCUGCAUUUUUCAAAAUUUGUUCUUCCCAAAUGUUCUCCAUUUUUUCCAGGUACUGUAUGACAAGAAUAAUGAAGAAAAAAACCUAAUAUAAAACCUCAAAAACUGAAAACUGCUGUUUUCAGUUGGCGCAGACGAUGACCGGACGGAGGACCUCCACGACUCUGAUCCCACUCACCUGUGCACAAAUCCACCUGAUCCGGUCGCUGUGGCGCCAGGUCUACACUUCGAAAGGGCCUACCGUAAUCGGCACCAGCAUCUAUCAUCGGCUUUGUUUCAAGUGUCAAGUGGUGAGACCUCAGAUCAUUUCUGAUGGAAGGCAGCUUUUCCGCAGGUCAAAGAGCAAAUGAAACGAGUCCAACUGCCGCCCAAGUUCCAGAACUCGGACAACUUCAUCAAAGCGCACAGCAAAGCUGUAGCUGAGCUCAUCGAUCAGGUUUCCAGCGCUUCUUGAGACUCAUUGUUGGGAGUUGAGGUUGUGGAAAACCUUGACAACUUGGACAGUAUGGUCGACGAGUUGACACGGAUCGGAAGGGUUCAUGCACGGAUUCUUCGUGGAGAACUUACUGGUGAGUCUGAGUGACUUUUUUCCAUUUUUACAUCGAGAAUCUUCAAUCAACAACCCUCGGAGAAUUUCCCUGAUAAUUUUAAAAGAUAUCUGAAAUGAAUUUUUUAGGGAAGCUAUGGAACAUAGUCGCUGAGACGAUCAUCGACUGUACGCUGGAAUGGGGCGAUCGCAGGUAAAGGCGAUUCAAAAUCGAAACCUCAAAAUUCGAAACAGAUGCCGAAGCGAAACGGUGCGCAAAGGUUGGGCGCUGAUCGUGGCGUUUGUCGUCGAGAAGAUCAAAUACGGGCACCACGAACAAGUUUACCGAGACUUCAGACCCUAACUCGCUUAACAAGUCGCUUUUGUUCUAGAGAAAGUUGAUGUUGGCCACUCGGCAGUCCGUAUCGUCAAUUGAUAUUCCGCUUCACUCGUUGCGACUCUGA